AUGACCAGCCCUCCCGACACCGCCGACCGCAGUUCGCUAAUCGAAACUCUUUCUUUCGAUCCCACCUCAUCUCUGCUCAGUACGUUGUUUUUCAUCUCCAUCAGCUUGAGUGCAUUUAGCUUUGUUUUUCCAUUCAAAUUCUCAUGGCUUUACCUGUUGUCGGUGUUGAUCAACGCCGUCAACCUCUUCCUCCAGGUGUUCUUCACGAUCAUGUACAGUGAUCUUGAAUGCGAUUACAUCAACCCUAUCGACCUUUGCAACCGCCUCAACGCCUACAUCAUCCCCGAAGCCGCUGUCCACGCGUUCCUGACCUUCCUCUUCGUGAUCAACGGAUACUGGCUCGCCAUCGUGCUGAACCUACCCCUCGUGUUGUUCAACGCCAAGAAGAUCUACGAGAACCAGCACCUUUUGGAUGCGACCGAGAUUUUCCGCAAGUUGAACGUGCACAAGAAGGAAUCCUUCAUCAAGCUUGGCUUCCACCUUCUUAUGUUCUUCUUCUAUCUUUACAGCAUGAUUGUUGCCCUGAUCCGUGAUGAGGGUAAUUGA